AUGGAACACCUGACCAUGAGCGUGGAGGAGAUUAUGCAGCAGGUACGUGAAAUCUAUGGAGAUGACAGUUUGGCCAUGCUGGAAGACGAAGAUACAGAUGCCGAUCCAGACCUGAUUCAAAACUCAUUCGUUCCUCGGGUCCGAAAUACCUCAGACUCAUCGGACAUCUGCCCUCCAUUGGAGUCCGGUAAUGGAGAAUUGCAGCCCGCAUCCACCGAUGCCUGGCAGUCGGAUCGCGGAUUUAGUGAUAACGGGUUCUCGGAACCACGUAUUCGCAGUUCCACAGACGAUGCGGACGAUGAUGAACAUCGAACGGACGGCAUACCAAUAGAACGUCCUCGAAGUGCCCUAGAAAAACCUAUCGGUCCCUCUUUGUCCGCUCCAGCUGAGUCCAAGAUCUUACUAAACGACUCGCUUUCUUUAAACUUAGAAACCCCUUCCUAUCUUCCCGGUCGACCUAAUACCGGAGAAGGUGCUCACACAGAACCCGAGCUGGGUACAGUAGAAUUGCGUGCGUCUAAUCAGACAGUGAAACCAGAACGAAAAAAACGUUCUAAAAAGCGUCAUGCUCGUUCGAAGGCUUCCGACUCUGAUCCGAAUUGUCCUGAUUCAUUGUCCGUCGCGAAACAAGAUAAACCGCCAUCAACGAUCGCAGAUGGUUCAGACUUUCCAGUCGAAUGCUCCCCAAACCAUGAUCAUCCCGGUCGAGUGUAUGUAAAUACAGAAGUGCCUCUGAGUGUGGACGCCUUGUUUGCUUGUAUCUUCACCGAUUCCGAGUUCUUCGACCGAUUGAGCACAUCUCGGGGAACGUUUGAUAUGGUGCAGUCUUCCUGGCCACAAAUGACUUGGCCAACACAGAAUCAAGAAGCAUCGCGUUCUGAACCCCAAGAAAAUGUGGAACGGACUAUCUGCUACACACUUACUCUGAAACAACGUAUGGGACCACGCACCUGUUCCGCAGUGGAACAACAAACCUUGUUGGUAUCUGAAUCACAACCGGGACGCAGUUAUGUGGUUGAUGCCAAAGUAACCAACCAAGCCGUGCCGUUGUGCAAUUGCUUCUGUGUGGUCAGUCGUUAUUGUCUACUGCGCACCGGCCGACUGACCAGCCGUUUACAUGUUUGCUCCCAUGUCGUGUAUGAAAAACCGGUUUUCUUUGGGGCAAAAAGUAUCAUUGAGAACACUUGCAAGUCCGGCCUCACUGACUUUUUCACCGCGUUGACCGCACAACUAACCGAAUUGUCUGCUGGGCUCAGUGAUGAAGACCGAUUAAGUGGAGGUUAUCUGGCCGCACGCAGUACAAACGCUGCGAUAAGUCACAAUGGUAUGGCCAAACGCGGAAGUAAGGUACGGGAUAAAUCCAAAGAGGAAAACAAACUUAUCUCGGCUCGCGGNCGCUUGAAUAGCUCCUCAGGUCGACAUCCGCCCGUGGCGGGAGAUCACAGAAAAUCUGGUCAUGCUAUCGCUUUGUCCGGCAGUUCAUCUUCCUCACCCGUCCACGGUGUACAAGGCAAACAAUCGACCUUGGGUCCUGGUGGCAAUUGCUCUUUCCUCUCACCCUCACAUUCCAAACAGAGCGCCGAUCUCAUUCAAUUUUUUCUGCGUCCUGAUAGAGCUUGGCUCUUACUCGCGGUCAUUGGUCUGCUACUCUGCCUAUUCUUGUCCAUGGUCUACANCUACAGUCGGCUGGUCGCCCUUGAACAGUUCGCCCGACAUCUCUCAGCGACACAUUCCGGUUCGACCACCCAGUCGGAUACGUCCGGAUUUCAGCCGGAUCUUCUCCUCACACCCACUGGUUUCCAACUUAGCGAAUCAGCACGUAAUAGGAUACGGUCGAUGAAAGACUUAACUCAAGGCAUGUCCCAGACUUUGACCCAGAUGCAACAAGUUAUGUCGAAAGUGAAACAGAGCCUCGAGGUUCUGGAGAACGCAUACCUCGUAAAUGCCUUCAAUGGAAAAACGGAGGAAGAAGUAACAUCAUCUGCUGUCCCCCAAGAUUGCCCGCAGGUGUCCCCGCCCGGAACACAGUAUCCUACUACUACAUAA